AUGGUACCACCAGAGCCGGUAAAUGGCGCUCCUAUUCCCGCCACCGCCAGUCGUAGUUCUUCCCCGCACCCCACAUGUGAAGCUGCUCAGGGUUGUCAGACUAUAACAGGCCAGCGAGCUCCUGCUCAUUGUCCUCCCCAAGCUUACGACACCAAUGCCGUUCUGACGCCACAAGCCACCUUAUCUGGGGGUCAUUCAGCUACAACACAAAAGAUGCUGUUUUCCGACCUCUAUAAAUCGACCAAAUUACCUCUUUCGCGGUUGCGAACACACUCACAGCAGCCAGUACCCGUAUCUCGAGACUACGACCCAGAUCUCGUGAGCAAGGACAAGGCAAAGCAGAAAGAAGCUGUCCGGCGCUUUCUAGCCGAAAGGAUACGCAAUGAUUGGAGAUUUCAGUGGCCGCCUGUAUCUGGAGCAGGGGACUCGACGAAGCUGACCUCAGAAGAUUCCACUCAUGACGCGGAUUCCUUACCGGUCCAGCCUGUUGUUAGCGAGAUAAAGGGCACAGAGGAAUCUGCCCUCGGCGCUGAUGAAGAUGGCUAUCACUGCGACGAUGACGAUGACGAUGAAGAUGUCGCUUCCAUAUACAGCACCGUUUCUGAAGACCAUGUUCAUUUCUGCCCCCGAACUGAAUGGCUAUCCGAUCUAUCUGAUGAUGAACACAAUGAUUCCCCCUUUCCUUUAGCGUAUCGCUUUGAAACACCAGAUGCUGUAGGCUCAACUGUCAAGGCGACUGAGUUGGCUCGUAGUGCGAAACGGAGGAGAGAUGCGCGUGCUGAGAUGGAAUGGAAUUCCGGACUUGCUUGUUUUGCUGCUCGAAGGGAUGCUUGGACUGGUGCCAAGGUAGUGCGUGUCCGUCCGAAGCCUGUUGAAACCACACCCAUCUCGCCUACAGCUAAAAGACUAUCAUUCUGGCGGCUUUCGAGCUCUUCAUCGCCAUCAUCGCCUAUUGAUUCGCCUGCUGAAUCAACGGUUAGCACGGCACCGCCGCUUAGUCCCAGCGGAACGCGCACGUCAGGGGAUACCACUGCUGUAUCUUCUGUAGAUACCGACUCCAAAGAGCUCCCAGUCAAAGAAGAUUCUUCUGAAUAUCCAGUACAAACCCUCCUACCAACUCCUCCGCCGCUACUUCCAGCCGCGAAUCCAAUGCGAGCUUCUAUUAAUUCCACUAAUUACGGCGCAAUUUACGAUAAGAUCAUCAUCAAUGCGUUAACACCUGCAUGUCCUAUCAAUCUGGCCGACAUGCUGCGCGUCUGCGUAGUGGGCUGGAAGCGGGAUGGCGAAUGGCCCCCACGAGCAGUUGAAGUCCCGCCCGUCGUAGCUCUUCGCAAAAAGAAGAGGAAAGACAGCAAUACCGAGAAGAGCUCGAAUGUCGGGCGACGAUUAAGCUUCAAUUUCCUUGGCCGAAGACUGAGUGCCGGCAGCGACCCGAAUGGCACCCCGGGCAGCCCGACUAAACACGACGAUGCAGGCACCACAAGGGGCAUGAGGAGGAGCUUGCAAAGAGUCUUGGGACUAGGGUACGAUAACUAA